AUGCCAAGGGGCUAUGGUGGCACUGCUAUUUUAUGGAAAAAAGAAUUAGACACUCUUAUAACACCUUUAACGAUAGGAAAUGAGAGGAUACAAGGAAUUGAAAUAUCUGGUGAACCCAAUCUUAUCAUACUUUCUGUAUAUUUGCCUUGUAAAGGUACUUCUGACCAUAUAGAUGAAUUUCAAGACUGCAUAGCUCUUCUAAAUGAAAUAGUCUGCACCUACAAACUUACUCAUCAAAUUAUUAUAGGUGGUGAUCUUAAUGAAGAUAUCAUAAAUGGUCCAUCCUCACAAAGAAAGGCCUCUUUUACUGAAUUUAUGGAAGAUCAUUCUUUAGAAACAAAAUUUACUGGCAGCACAUUUAUACACUCUAAUGGCCAUGAUACCACAGCUAUUGACUAUUUUCUAUACCAGAAUUCAUAUAAACAUUCUGUUCUUGAAAUCAAGAAACUAGACAUAGAUGCUAAUGUCUCAGACCAUUAUCCAAUUAAAAUGGUCCUUCAACAUCGCCGUUAUUUAAUUCAGCAAAAAUCGCUGAAUGAUUUUUUAAAACCAAAGAUUAACUGGGAUAGAAUUGAUAAGGAAAAGUAUGAAAACAACAUCAACUCCAAACUUUCAAAUAAGAACUCAGAAAUUAAAUCUGUUGAAGACAUAACCAAUGCAUUUACUCAACUCAAUGAAAUCAUUAAACAGUCUACUCAAGCUCUGAUCCCAACUAGAAAAAUUGGCAGGAAAAGACCAAAACUGCAAGUUAUGAAUGAAGAAAUUAAAGUCGCUCUCAAAAACAAAAAGAUUGCAUUUUUUAAAUGGAAAAUUAAUGGUAGACCGAAAGAGACUGAUAAUUUAUAUUUGAAAAAUAAAAAACAAACAACACAUGCUUUAAGAAAAGAAUGUAGACUGGAAGUUGCUAAAAGAAGGCUAUGUGAACGUCAAAAAUUGGUUAAUGCUAAAACAGCGGAUCGUAAAAUGUUCCACAAGAUCAUUAGAAAUCAAAGAGGAAAAUUAUCAAAGUUUAUUGACCAGUUAAAUGUUGAUGAUGAAAUAUUUUAUAAUGAAGAUAUAAUAGAAGGCUGGAGUACACAUUUCCAUCAACUGGCAAAGAAAAUACCAAAUCCAAAUUAUGACAAUAAAUAUCUUGAGUUGAUUGAAAAUGAAGCUAAAAUUAUAAUAGACAUUUGCAAAGAGCGUUUCAAACAUUGCCCAAUAACAAACAAAGAAAUGGAAAAAGCAAUAUCUGAUUUAAAUAGAAAUAAAGCAGUUGACUACUUUGGCCUUAAUGCAGAAAACAUCAUACAUGGUGGAAAACAACUUCAACAAUAUUUACAAUUACUUUUUGAUAAAUCAUUUGAAUUUGGCUGCAUAUCUGACAUUCUCAAAAUUGGAAUAUUGUUCCCAGUAUAUAAGAAUAAGGGUGAUAUUAAAAGUUCUAAAAACUACCGUGGUAUAACCGUAACUGCAACAUACUCCAAGCUUAUAGAGAAAAUAAUCAAGAUAAGGGAGAAUCCAGUUAUCCUGAAAAAUCAGAAUCCACUCCAAAGAGGAUUUACAGAAAACACCACCCCUCUUUUAUGUGAACUUAUGAUUGAAGAGUUUGAACGUGAGAGCAAAGAUUUAAAACUUCCAACAUAUAUAGCCCUUUUAGAUGGUAAAUCUGCAUUUGAUGUAGUUGUUCAUUCAAAUUUAAUACGGAGAUUAUAUCAAGCCGGUAUUUCAGACCAAUCUAUUAUAUUAAUAGAUAGCUUAUAUAAAAAUGCGACUUAA